AUGGUGGAAUUGGCUACAGUUUUAAUCCAUGGGGAUGACAAAGAUAAUAGAGUCACUGAUGUGGCGCCACCUAUUAAUGUCAGUACCACUUUUCGUUACGACGAUAAUGACUUAAUUCCAUGGAACGAACGUGAAAGUUUUGAUUUUCUGGACAAGACACCUGUGUACUCGAGGUUAGCCCAUCCUAACAGUACAAGACUUGAAAGCGUUUUCUCUGAGAUCUUGACGGGACACGCUGUUGUGUACUCAUCAGGAUUAGCGGCAUUUUUCGCUGCAAUGGUUCAUUACAAUCCUAAGAGAGUAUUCUUAUCUCAGUGCUAUCAUGGUUGCCGUUCUAUUGUCAAGAUUCUAUCGAGGAAUUAUGGAGUGGAAUCGUAUUCGCUAGAAGAUAUUGAUGCAAGAGCUUGUAGAGGAGAUAUUGUUCACUUGGAGUCACCAAUGAAUCCAUUUGGAACCUCCCUUGACAUAAAAAAGUUUGUAGAGAGCGCACACUCAAGGGGUGCUUUGGUCAUCAUAGAUUCUACAUUUGCACCUCCUCCCUUACAAGAUGCCUGGGAAUUUGGUCCGGAUGUUGUCAUGCAUUCCGCUACCAAAUACUUUGGAGGACAUUCAGACCUUUUAAGUGGUGUUUUAGUGGUUAAGGAUGAUCAAAUCGCGAAGCAAUUGAGGGAAGAUAGAAUCUAUCUGGGCACUAACAUCCCAAAUUUAGAAAGUUUUUUACUGUUAAGGUCCUUAAGAACCUAUGAGAUGAGAGUGAUAAAACAAUCCUCAAAUGCUACUGAGAUUGUUGCAUAUUUGUACAAGAAUAAACACUUUUAUGGAAAAGUCUUGAAAAAUAUCACUCAUUCGUCUUUGCAAACUGAGGAUUUUGUUAAAAGGCAAUUGAAAGGUGGAUUCUGCCCCGUAUUUUCCAUAUCUCUCAAUAGCAAGGAGCAGUGUCAGAAACUCCCACGUUUGCUAAAGUAUUUCCACCACGCAACCUCUUUGGGAGGCAUUGAAUCUUUAGUGGAAUGGAGAGCAAUGACGGAUCCACAGAUCGAUCAAACUCUGAUCAGGGUCUCUAUUGGUUGCGAGAACGCAAAAGAUCUAAUCAAAGAUCUAUCCGAUGCUCUUCUAACACUACAGAAAGAAUCCGAGUAG